GGUACCUAUUUAUCGGUAUUUUUGGACAACUCUGUUAGCCUAUGGACGUUCGGCUUGACCAACUCUAAUCUUCAAUCAUUUCAAUUAGUAUGCCCUUGGCUAGUGCCCAGUCCACUCGUGUCAGUUGAUGAUAAUAAAAUAACAAAAUGGUCUCGUUCUCAAUACAAGGCGUGAUGCCCGCCAUGUUCACUGCCCUCAAUGAAGACUACUCCAUAAACUAUGACAUAAUUCCGAGAUACGCCAAAUACAUUGCCGAUUGCGGCGUGAAAGCAAUUUUGGUUGGAGGCACCACAGGGGAACAUGCCUCUUUAAAAGUAGAAGAUAGAAAGAAGUUGAUCUCCGAAUGGGUAAAGGUCGCCAAGCCUCUGGGCAUGCAUGUCCAGGUUCAAAUCGGCGGAACCGCAUUCCCAUAUGUUAUAGAAUUGGCCAAACAUUGUGAGCAAGUUGGUGUGGACUCCCUCCUCACACUCCCCGAGCUUUACUUCAAGCCAUCUUCAGUGGAUGACCUGGUCUUCUACGUGGAACAGAUCGCCAAAGCAGCGCCCAAACUACCUAUUCUAUACUACCAUACUCCGAAAAGAAGUAAAGUUGAAUUGGACAUGCCAGCUUUCGUAACAGCGGCCACCUCCCGGAUUCCUAACUUCGUAGGCAUAAAGUUCGCCAACAGUGACCUCAGCGUAGCCGCUCAAGUUUUGAAGGUCACUAAAGAUGACCAGGCGUUGUUCCUUAGUGCUGACACUUUGGUAGCCCCCGCAGCCAUGAUGGGCGUCCGGUACUUCAUGGGCAUUAGUUUCGGCCUGUUCCCUGGACUAGUCACCGAUAUAGUCCAAGCUGUUGAGAAUAACAAUGUGGAAAAAGCUAGAGUUCUUCAGGAGAAGCUAAACAACGCUAAAGAAGCACAUUCCUCUGAAGGUGAUUUGGUGGUUACUUUGAAGGCUGGUAUGAAGAUAACUACAGGUCUAGAUAUGGGUCCCCCAGCGCUGCCUCAAAGGCCUAUCUCCGCUGAGGCGAUACAGCGAAUACGUGCUAAACUAAAUAAUUUAGGACUAGCAAAGUAGACUUGAUGUUUUAUGUUUGUAUGAUGCAAAUGUAAACUUUAUUCUGUGUUGAAAAAUAUUAUAAAGCUGAAGAGUUUGA